GUACGUAGCCGUUUGUGCCUCGAAGUGCUAAUCACUAUUGUUUGAACGUUUUUACGUACACUUGGAUUAGAAGAAAAACAGUGGAGACCGAGCCAUAGGUCAAAUGUUUUCGGUAAGUCCGUUAGACCGCGAUCGUUUCUACUUUCGUUUGUUACUCAUACACAGUCGGGGUUGUGUGUCGUUCGCCGACGUUAAGACUGUUGACGGCGUGUUUCAUCUCACUUACGAAGCAGCCACGACGACACUGGGGUUGCUCGAAGACGGGGCCUGCCAACAUGACAUUCCGCGCAGGUUCAGGCCCUCUUCACGAUCAUCUGCGUCUAUUGUUUGCCGACCGAUCUGCUGGAACUUUACAACGGUGUCAAGGAACACCUGAUGGCGUAACCGGCCGGAAGGCGCUGCUAGGGCGGCGUGUCUCAACAUCAUAAAUCAACUACUCGGAACCUACGGUAAAUCGCUAGUUGAUUUUGGUUUGCCAGUUCCAGACGUGAUCGAAGAACCUCCAGACGCGGUAUAUGACGCUAUUGAUAAAUCGGAGUGAGGUGAUUCAUUACUCCAGCAGCUCAACGUCGAUCAGAGGGCUGUGUACGAUCGCGUGAUGGCCGCAGUGUUGGACCCCCGUCCGAGCACCAAGGUCUUUGUCAACGGUGGAACUGGAAAGACAAUGCUUUAUUCCUGUGUCAUGUCUGUGUUGUGCGGCUAAAACAUGAAUGUGCUGGCGGUGGCGUUCACCGAAAUCGCAGCUGCUCUGUUGGACUGCGGAAGGACUGUGCACUUCACCUUCGGUUUGCCUUUUGGAGUGCUCACGCUCAAGUCCACUUCUACCAUCAAAUUUCAGUCUAAAAAUUCUCAAAAGAGUUUGCAGCGUGGAUGGAGAAUUAUAAUCUCAAUAGGUGAUAUUGAGUAACGGUAAUGUUGACAGAUAAGGCUACGACAAGAACGCAAUACAAGUGUACCUCAGAUUUCUGUGUCAAAUUCCAUUGGCAGAUUUUGUGUUUCCGCAAAUUAUGAACUUGCACAACGUCAAUGAUUACGUAAACAAGGUCAUUUUGUGUUCCACCAACAAGUGUGUCGUCAGAUGAACAAAGGCAUUCUCCACAAUCGUCACGUGGGUGAAAUCAGGCAUUAUCUCAGCACGGACACCAUAGAGUGCGAAGACCCCGAGGAUGCCGCAGACUUCCCAAUAGAGUAUUCACUUACUGUACUCCACGGGACUCUAUCUUCAUGACCUGGUUCUUAAGAGUUAAGCAGCUCAACGCUACUGAGCAUGACGACAACAUCAUUAUUCCUAGGAUUCCGCUGAUCACUACCGAAGCUGACGGUUUACCCUUCAAGUUGCGGCGAAUUAUGUUUCCUGUUUCAUUGGCUUUUUCAGUGACCAUCGACAAGUCUCAUGGACAGACUUUUGACUGCGUUGGAAUAUACCUGCUUUCUCUAGUGUUCAGCUACGGACAAUUGUAUGUGGCAUUCUCCAGGGUGAAAUUGCUGAAUCUGUUAAGGUAUAUAUACCAACCAACGCCAAUGGAGUUACAAAGAAUAUGGUAUUCUGUGAGGUUCUUUAAAUAUUUAUUUUACAUUAUGUUUAUAAAACUUAUAUUUUUAUAUGUAUUCCUCUUCUGUAAACUUUUGGUAAUAAGUAUUUAUAUGCUCUGAUUAUGAGAACUUUCUUCCGCACUCAA